AUGGUCAAGGUGAAGAAGAUUAAGAAGAACAAGGUGGGGAAGCAGAAUGAGGUAGAUAGUGUAGAACAGAAGCAGCCUGAAGUUGCUGUAGACAAGAAAGAUGUGUCUGGAUCUCACAGAAAGCAGCUCGAGGAAAUAGCUCAGAAAGAUCCUGAUUUUUUCAAGUUCUUACAACAAGAAGAUGCAGAUUUGUUGGAGUUCUCUGACAGUGAUGUUGAUAUGGAAACUGACGAAAUUGGUAAGUUAUUCUAUAAUUGAGGUUUAUUUUGAUUUAGAGGACGAAGAGGAAGAAGAAGACGCUUUGGAGAGCAUAAUUAUUGGAAAGAAGGUUGUAAACUUUGAUGUGGAUGAAGAUGACCGUAAGAUCGUUAACCAGCAAGCAGCUGAACUUAUUGAAAAGGUCUUGACCGACCCAUCUAAUCAUAGAAAAGAAUUGAAGUCUAUAGUAGCACUGGCUGUCAAGGCUUUUCAUGCUUGUGUUUGUCGAGUAGGAGCGAACUUGGAGAAGGGAGAAUUUGUUGUUAACGAAGAUAGAGGUAGGCAUUGGAUAGAUUUUAUAUCUAUAUAAAUUUAGGUAACUGUUAUAUUGAUAUACACACAAUGAUAACUAAAAUUUAAUUGUUGACAAAAUUUUGUUUUAGUGUUUGACUCGAUCAUUCGAAAUUGUUUAAAGCAAAUGGGACAUUGCUUUUUGUUACUGAUGAAUCCUUUGGACGAAAAACAAAAGGAGGUAAGGUAACAUCCUUAUUCUUAUGUACUCUUGUUUUAGACCAAGAAGAUGAAAGUGAGGAAAGGAGUUCCAGUAUUUAAACACUUUCACAAAUACAAGACUUUGACUCGGAAAUAUUUGACGGCGGUGGUUGAGGUAUGUUACUAAUUUUUGGGAUUUUAGGUUACAAUUUUUUAAUUUUUGAUGUAACCAAAUAAUUGGCGAUGUGUAGUUUGGUAAUUUAACAAAAAAUUUAAUUAUCACUCAAGUUAGUCAAUACAUUAUUUAAAUUUUAGUUAUUGUCAGAAGUUGGAAAUGACGAGAUUGCAGUAGCUGUGAUCAGGUCUAUCAUCCCGCUGGUCGACUUCUUUGUUCACUUUCAGAAAACUUGCAGACAUUUGAUUAAAGUAAGUUUAAUAUUAACCUGAAAUUCAAUUACUGUGUUUUGUUCGAUUUUAUUUUUAAAUGUUUACAAUAUUGUCUACAGAAAUUAGUACGAGUUUGGAGCCAAAAGAGCAUGGAACAAAGAGUAGCAGCCUUCUUGAUAUUCAACAGAAUCAGCCAAGUGGACGUUGAUUUGUACACGUUCGUCUACAAGGUAAGCGCUAUGUUUUAUAGGGCUCAAUUUGUUAUAAUUGAUUUGAAAACACUUUAAAAGAUGUUGUGAUAUAUUUGAGUUUUAAUGUUUCUUCGAAAAUUAAUUUUAAAAUGGAAUAUUUCAGAGUUGUUAUGUUGCUUAUGUGUCAAUAUCCAGGCAGAUCACGACAGGUGCGUGGCAGAAUCUUCUGUUCAUGCAGAAGUCGUUUGCUGAAUUGACAUUUGUGAACCCGUCCGUUUCAUACCAAUACGUGUUCGUUUACAUAAGACAAUACGCUAUUCAUUUAAGGAACGCCAAAAUCACUAAAAGAAAGGUAAGUAUUGUUUGUUGUGUUUAAUCACAAACGGUGAGUAAGUAGGUUUUUAAAAUUGAGUUUUAUGUGCACCGUACUCAUGGAUUUGUUUUCAGGAUGUCAUCAAGACCGUGUACAACUGGCAGUUCGUGCUAGGAAUAUAUCUGUGGGCAGCUGUUAUGAUUCGCUCUUCUAAACAUCGACACGUCUCCGAAGCCGUCGACUGGAUCCGAGAGUUGAGGUAUCCGUUGAUUCAGAUAGCCAUUGGACUGAUCAACGUGUUCCCUACUGCCAGAUACAUUCCUCUCCGGCUACAUUGUGUCAGAGUGUUGCUCCAGCUCCAAGUAAAUUGUGGACUGUAUAUUCCAACUUUGGCCAUUACUGCUGAUGUGAGUUGUUUUUAGAUUUAUGAUUACUUGUAGGAACAUGCUCUCUUGUGAGUGCAUGCUUAACGAUAUAUGCUGUAUUGUUGUUUUAAAAUUAUGUUUUAACUUUCAGUUAUUGGACGAUUUGCUAACCAUCGACUCAAAAAAGCCGUCGAAUGUUAAAGUUUUACAAAAAACGACCAAACUCAAGGAUAUGAUUCGACUAAACAGGGAAAUGCUGGAAGAUUCCACCUACAGAAGCAUUAUCGCCGACGAUGUAUUUGAAGUGUUUUUGGAGGCAGCCUACGUUUUGAGAUCAAAUCUUGCCUUCAGUGACGUAAUCACUCCCAUAGUUCCAGUGAUAAAAGUAAAUCAAUUCAAUAAUAUAGCAGUAAAAUGUUUUCUACAACAUUUUCGGUCAAAAAACUAUUAUAACUGGAGGCCGACUUUUUUCGUCCACAGUUAAAUAAGUUUAAACAUGUAUUACUUUGAAUUUUUAGGAUUUUAUCAAAAAUUGUAACAACAUUGACCACAAGAAGCUGUUCAAGGCACUGGAGUCAAAGUUGAAAGAGCACGCCGAGCAACUGCGAUUAACACUGGCAGCCCAUAAGAUCGAUCUGAACGAUGUCAAUGAAAUUGUGAGUUCCCCUGUAUAAUUAAUUUCUAUAUUCUCUUAUUUUCACCAAUUACCGUGUUUUAAUUUGGAUCGGUUUUAGUACAAAUUGGAGCAAAUUCUGACGGCAGAUUCGACUCCGGUCGCUAAGUACCAUCAUGACUGGCACAAGGCUAGUGCCCUCAGGCAAAAAGUGCUUGAUAAGGUAUGUUGACACCUUUUUAAACUUUGAUUUUUUUGAUAAUUUUGUAUUAUUUUAGGCUGAGAAAAGUGUUACCAAAACUCCGUUCAAGAAAAUGAAACGCGAAUCUAAGUAA